AUGGCUGGUACUUAUGAUACUGAAGAGCAGAGAAUUAUUGAUAGAAUUAAAUGCAUCGCUUUUCGUGAAGCUCUAGAUGCUGGUACAACAUUUAUUAAUCGACAUUGGGUCGCGGAGAAAGCAAAAAGUAUCGACGAUAUUGAAGAAGAUGAAUGUUAUCGUGAAAUGGUUAAAAAUCAAGCAUGUAUUGGGAUUUUUGUUAUAUUUACUGCUAAGAGGUUACAUUGGGUAAUCAAAGAUAAACGCGAAUCUUGGACUGGUCAAUAUUUUCGUGAUAUAAUUUUAACUGAAAACGUAUUUUCGUUCUUAAAAAAUGAAGAAAAUGUUAUCGAUCCCGAUGAAGUUAUAUUUGUCCAUGAUAAAGCACCAUGUAUGCGAGCAACUCAGACCCAACAUUUGCUUCAAGACAAUGACGUUAAGUUUUGGAGUAAUGAUAUUUGGCCUGGAAAUUCACCCGAUCUGAAUGUGGCAGAACAUAUUGGAACAAUAAUCAAGGGUGAAAUUGAAAAAAAAAAUGUUAUCAAAAACUGGACAUUCUCGUUAUCUUGA